CAGCGCAUGCGCAGCGCCGUUCUUUGUUGUCACGGUCCAAAUUUAUCCCGGAAUAAGGACAGCACGCAUGUGCCGUGAACCCGGAUGUAUCAGGACUUGUUUGAAUAAAGAACAAAAGCAUCGAGCUGAAAAUGCAUCAAGACUGUUUUUAGAAAGUAAAGGAAUCUGGUUCCGGUCCGGGUAAAGUAGGCUACCAGUGCUCGUUUCAGAUGAUUGAUUACAGUAACUCACACUUUGGAGUUUAAAUAUUUUAAUGUAUUUGCUUUUAGUCACAUAAACGCGGUGCCAUACCACUGCAUGAACAUAUUUGCAGCAAUCUAUAAAUAUAACACUGUAGCUUUAUUUGCAGUGCUGCAAUGCAUUUGAUUCACGUAUACGGUAAGAAGUAUGAACGCGGCAGCAACUGGUCCGAACCAGAGGUGCUGGAGCUGCUGCAGAUCUGGUCGGACGUGCCGGUCCAAACCGAGCUGGUAACCUGUCUCAGGAACCAGCAUGUGUUCAACAGAAUCGCCAGCACUCUGCGGCAAAAGGGCAUCAAUCGGACCGGGGAUCAAUGCAGGGAGAAGAUCAAAAAGUUGAAGCUCGAGUACAAACAGAAGACUUUGAGAUCGGCGAGGUAUUACGAGCUGAUGGAGAGGGCUCAGAGUAACCGAUCCGCCGCAACCUCAGGUUCUACUCUGCCUUUAUGGGGCGGUACGGUGGCGAACCAGAUGAUCGGACUGCAGGGGUCAGAGGCGCCGGGUCACCCGCCCAGAGCGGGUGAGAUCCUGGAGAUCAAGACGGAGGUGAUGAGCUCGGAUGAUGAAGCGGCGGGCCCGCCCGAGAUGCUCUACGAGUUCGGACCUGUUGAUGAGGAAGAUGAAACCGGUGCUGAACACAAAAAUGCCGGUCCAAACACUGAGGAACAAGCUGAGAUGGACGGAGAGCAGGGAAACACACAUGUCAUCUGUUCCCCAUCAGAUUGCAGUGACCAGAACAUGACUGGCUCCUCUGGUGCUGGUGUAUCCCCGGCAACCGCUCCCAUGGCGAUGAGAGACGGAGGUAGCCAUGGUGACCAGGAAGGGGUUUCCGGAUCGUUCCAUCAGAGGAAGCGUCGGCGGGUUGUUCGCGGGGGUGAUGGGGUGUUAUCGAGUGCUCUGGCUGGGUAUCUAAGCUGGCAACAGACAGCGGAAGAGCGUUUCCUCGCUCUGGAGGAGGCCCGGAUGCAGCAAGAAGCGAGGGCAGAGGAACGGAGGGAGCAGCAGGAGGAGAGACGAGCGAAGCAAGAAAGAGAACAUGAGUUUCGUCUCAUGUCCAUGUUGACCAGAGUCCUGAGCUCGACACGUGGAACGGAAGACCAGAGCGCCACCACCAGCAGGGAAAUGCCCAGCUCCUCACAAACCUUGUUACCCAACAGUGCCAAAGCUGUACCCAGCAUGCUUUGUGGUGAUCAGACACCCCAGUACAGCUCGUACCUGUCUCGUCGUGGCAACAGCAUGCGGCUGCACCAGGGAAUCCUGCAGGAAGGCUACAACCAGUAUCACGCCAACAAGCACGAUGAGAAUUCAAACCCUCAUGGUAUUAUAAACUUGGGAACCAGUGAAAACAAGCUAUGCUUUGACCUCCUGCAGAAAAGGCUGAUGCGACCUGACAUGCUUCACAUUGAACCUGCUUUCUUACAAUACCCUGACUGGAAAGGCCACAGUUUCCUUCGAGAGGAAGUUGCUAAGUUCCUGUCAGAUUACUGCUGUUCUCCCAAAUCUCUAAAACCCAAGAAUGUUGUUGUUAUGAACGGUUGUGGGUCUCUGUUCUCGGCUUUAGCAGCAACCCUCUGUGACCCAGAAGACGCCUUUCUCAUCCCGUCGCCCUUCUAUGGUGUGAUAACGGAGGACGUGGGCCUGUACAGCAGUGUCAAACUACACCAUGUGCCACUUUAUAGUCAGCUCACAGGAAGUGAUGUCAGACCGUUCCAGCUAACCGUUGAGAAACUGGAGAACUCCCUUAAAGAUGCCAAAAAAGAGGGAUUGAACAUCAGAGCUCUUAUCCUGUUAAACCCCCACAAUCCACUGGGAGAAGUAUACUCAUCUGAAGAGAUGACCAGCUUUCUACAAUUUGCCAAAAUGCACCGGCUUCAUGUGAUCAUAGAUGAGAUUUACAUGCUCUCUGUGUUCAACGAGACGGACACUUUUCGCAGUGUUCUCAGCUUGGACGGGUUGCCAGAUCCCCAGAGAACCCAUGUUAUGUGGGGCGUCAGUAAGGACUUUGCAAUGGCAGGGAUGCGAGUUGGCGUGGUCUACUCAGAGAACAGAGAUUUGGUACAGGCACUGGAUCAGUUGGGCGCCUUCCACGGAGUCCCGGGACCCACACAGUACCAGAUGGCCCAGCUUCUUCGAGAUAGAGACUGGCUGAAUAGCGAGUUCCUCCCAGAGAACAGACGCAGACUAAAAGAGGCUCACAGCUACCUGACAGAAGAGCUGAAGAAACUGGACAUACCUUUCCUGCACAGGGGAGCGGGAUUCUUCAUCUGGGUGGACUUGAGCAAGUAUCUGAAGGAGAAGACGUUUGCUGAGGAGCUGUCUGUGUGGAGGUGUUUCCUCAAGCACAAGGUUCUGCUGAGCUGCGGUCAGGCCUUCUGCUGUGAGUCUCCAGGCUGGUUCAGAAUCAUCUUCACUGAACAACAGCACAAACUACAGCUAGGUGUGGAGAGGAUUAAAAACGCGUUAGAAGAGCUUCAGGACUCUUCGAUGCUUAAGACGCAGCGGACAACAGACAAACAGGAUGACAGCAGCGGGACAGCGAGGAGGGAAGAUGCAAAGACAAUAGAUGAGUGCAAAAAACAGACACUUAAGACCUCAAGCGUUCAAACCAAACAUGACACUGUGCGCAUUAAGACAGAGCCCGUCUCAUUGGCUGAUGAGAACUUUGUGAUUCUUAACGGCCAAUCCGACAUCCGCUCAGAGAGUCUGGACUCUCUGAUUGGUACUCUGCGGCAGCAGAUCCGCUCGUCUGAUUGGCUGGAGAAGAACAAGCCUGAACUAGCUGCUGGAAAGGACCCUACGCAAUUGGAUGUUUUCACAGACCUCCUAGAAAAAGCCAGGAAAUAGAGUAACAGUUGGUAGAACUGUCAAUACAAAUACUUUUUUAAUGAAUGAAAUGUUCACCUUAUGUACAGUUUAAAGGCAAAGUCUGUGAUUGCAGAAAGAGCACCACUGCGAACCCUGUAAUUAGAGACUGAAGCAGAAUUGUGGAGAGUUACCACAGCAGUAUAGGAAAGUGUUGUUAUUAUUGGAUGUUUUUAUACUUUAAUUAUUACCUUGGCCGUCACAGUAAUUGGAGACUGGCCCUUUAACUGCGCUCAUUUCAAAUUCUAAGUAUCCAAUCUAUUGUCUUUAAAUUGAUUUGAGGGGGUCUUAAAGAGCCAUAAAGAACCAAUUCCAAAUGAAAAUCUAACUUUCAGAACCUAAAACUUUCUUCUCAGUGCUAUUCUCUGCAAAACAAAUCCUAUUAUUAAUGAGGAUUUUGUCUUAUUUUCCUCUUAAAAUAUUGAAAUAUCCUUCAAACAAGAUGAAUUUACUUAAGCAACACUGCAUAAUGUAAUAUUGCUUUAAUUCAAGUGUAUUUUAUUUGAAUGCUAUUCUUAAUAUUUCAAGCAAUUUCUUUUCAAGUAAAUUUAUCUUGUUAAAGAUCCCAACAUUUGAAACAAGAGACAGAUAUUUAUUUUUAACAAGACCCCUGAUCAUUUCAGUCAUAUUUUAUCAAUUUGAGCGACAAAUAUCUAUGGCAAAAAAUCUGUUGCAGCUUUGCAAAGAGACUUUUAUUGAAGAAUAACUUUUAUUGAUUAAUUACAGCAAACGGACCCAAGUUACGUUUUGGAGAGAGUGGAAAAUGUUUUUAAAAAAAUAAUAAUAUUAUUAUGUUACUAACAUAAAGUGAACCUCAGGUGAAUUCAUGUAUAAUAUGACCCCUCUAAAUUGAUUUAAAUAAUUUUUAGGUUUUGUUGAGGGGAAAAAAAAGCUUUUUAAUUGACUAGGCUCUCAGUUUUGGGAUAAAAGUUGAUGUUUUAAAUAUUUCUUUACUUUUCAACACUUUUUAUCUUUAAAAGAUGAAUUUGUUACAUAAAUGCCUUGUUUUUGACGCCAUCCAGGGUGUUUUUCAGUUCCUAAGGAAAACGUCUUUGGAAGCUGCUUGUUUCAGCUCUUCAUUGGUGUUCAAUGUUUUAAGGGCUCCUGACUGAACGAAUGAAUUAAUCGUCAAUUAAAAUGUUUUAUGUUAAAUUACA